AUGGCAGUAGUGGCCGCUUUCCUCCGUCGGCAAGGCAUAUGUGUCUUCCCUUACCUGGACGACUGGCUUGUUCGCGGGUCGUCAGAGGCACAGGUCGCCGCGCACAUAGCCGUUAUCAGGGAGCUGUUCGAAGCUUUGGGCCUCUUGCUCAAUUUCGACAAGUCCAUCCUCGUUCCAACUCAGAGGAUAGAAUUCAUUGGGGCUGUCUUGGACUCCACGCUCACGACAGCCUCGCUCCCGCCCAGCCGGUUCCAGGCAAUAGUCUCCGCCAUAGAGAGCCUACUUGCCUUUCCCACGACCUCGGCCCGAGUCUAUCUCAGCCUCCUCGGUCACAUGGUGGCCUGCACCUUUGUCACCAAGAAUGCCAAGCUCCGCCUUCGUCCCCUGCAAAUCUGGUUAGCCUCCGUUUACCGCCCACACAGGCACAGCAUGGACGUCGUCGUCACACUCCCACAGAGCAACUCUAAGCCUUACAAAAACUUCUCUGUUUCCGUCAUCAUAGCCAAGAUGAAGUGGACAAAAGCAAGCUCUUUUGAAUCAACAAGACUGAAUUUCAAGAUCACUAUCUACUUCUUCAUUAUCACUGAAAGCUUAGUUUUUCUGUUACUCUUUACAGAAAGAGCUAUUGCAAGACAUGAAGUCAGAGAAAUAGAACAACGUCAUACAAUAGAUGGUCCUCGACAAGAUGCAACUCUGGAUGAAGAUGAUGAUGUGGUGAUCAUUUACAACAGAGUACCUAAAACUGCAAGCACAUCCUUCACAAAUAUUGCCUAUGACCUUUGUGCAAAGAACAAAUAUCAUGUUCUGCAUAUCAAUACAACCAAAAAUAAUCCUGUUAUGUCACUGCAAGAUCAGGUGCGAUUUGUGAAGAAUGUAACUUCCUGGAAGGAAAUGAAACCAGGAUUUUAUCAUGGACAUAUAUCUUACUUGGAUUUUGCAAAAUUUGGUGUUAAAAAGAAACCAAUUUACAUUAAUGUCAUAAGAGAUCCUAUAGAACGACUAGUUUCUUAUUAUUACUUUUUGCGGUUUGGAGAUGAUUACAGACCAGGGCUACGAAGGCGAAAACAGGGGGAUAAAAAGACCUUUGAUGAAUGUGUAGCAGCUGGAGGAUCAGACUGUGCUCCAGAGAAACUUUGGCUUCAAAUUCCAUUCUUUUGUGGCCACAGCUCAGAAUGCUGGAAUGUGGGGAGCAGAUGGGCUUUGGAACAAGCCAAGUACAACCUGAUUAAUGAAUACUUCCUAGUGGGAGUCACUGAAGAGCUUGAAGACUUUAUUAUGUUAUUGGAGGCAACUUUGCCCCGAUUCUUUAGGGGUGCUACAGAACUGUACCGGACAGGAAAAAAGUCUCAUCUUAGGAAAACAACAGAGAAAAAGCUCCCAACAAAAGAAACCAUUGCCAAGCUGCAGCAGUCGGAAAUUUGGAAAAUGGAGAAUGAGUUCUAUGAAUUUGCACUGGAGCAAUUUCAGUUUGUCAGAGCACAUGCAGUUCGGGAAAAAGAUGGAGAAUUGUAUAUUCUGGCUCAAAACUUUUUCUAUGAAAAGAUAUACCCUAAGUCAAACUAAGAACAAGGUAUACUGUUAGAUCAAUGGACUAAACCUUUGGUCACUUUGUCAUCUUAGUUCUCAGCCCUGGAAAAUAGUUUGCUGGUAGACCUCUGAGGCAUUUCUUUCUAGAGCUGAGGAAAGUGGGCUGUGGAUCACACCAAAGGUGUUGGAUACUUGACUUAAGCUUCAGUUCUUUUAUCUAACUAAUAGUUUCAGUGGGAAUUACUACCCUUUCCCUGAAGAAACAUACAUUUUCCUUUACAGAUAUUAACUGCACAGAGGUUCUGGUUGAAAAUACAAACAAAAAAUGCUUCUGUUUAUGCUGUUGAUUCUCAGAGCAAUUUAUUUUCAUUUAAACUUCUGUAAACAAGAAAUCAUUUGUUUUCUUAGCUUCUACAUGGAGAUUUUGGUUGUAUACAAUUAUGAAUAGUGUUAAUAACUGGUUGACAUCUGUGCUUUGUUUUUGUGAGUCACGUUACAUGAUAUUCAUUGGUAUGAUCAAUCGUGUUCUGCUAAGAGAUGCUGCUGCUGGAUUUGCCCAUAUAUAUAAAUGUGGUUUUAUUAGAAAGAAAAGUUAUAACUAAUCAUUAGUGUUUUUAAAAAAUAUUAAUAUUGUAAAAAGAGAAUCAAGGCAGUAUUUCCUUUUUCCUCCCUCACACCAACUGCCACUGAAGUUGGGAAAAUUCUGCAAGGAAACUUGGCAUUGCCUGCAGUUCUAGUUAAUGCUUAUACAUCAGUAUAAAAAAACCCUAGUAAAUUCAAUAUCAGGUUGCCCCAUGGAUUCUUUGUAAUGACUGUAAACUGAGAUAUUGGUGAAUCCAUAUUAUGACUCCAUUAGUGAGCUGUGGUAUGGUUUGGGUUUUCCUACUUCUUCUAUACUUUUACCUGUAGAAUAUUUUUACUAAGGUGCUUUAUAAUGUGUUUUAAAGCAUUGCAUUUACAAAAGGAGUAAAAUGCUGUAAAUAAUGCAUAUUUUAUGUAUUUGGACCAAAAGGUUACAAGUAAUUAGCUGAAAGUGGUUUUUGCACCAGUUUUGUUACAUGUGAAGUUAAAACCAUCUCAUCUGAUGUUCGGCUUUGUAUUUUAGUUAACUAUUGGACAUCAGUGAAAUGCACUUGAAUGACCUCUACAACUUUACUAACAAAAUCAAAUGUUUGGUUGAGACACGCUGAACUUGGCAUAAAUGUGUUUAUGUAGCUGCCUUACAUCACUAUUGUAAACUUGUAUGAUUUGCCGUUAUUAGCAGCUUGAAACACCUGGUAGAUUAAGUGUAGUUGAGACUAGUGAACAGACGUUUGGGUACUGGGGACCCUGUGGUUUAACAAACUGCAGUGAAUACCUACAUGUAACUUUUAUAAAAAUCACAGUAAUUACCCCUUUUUUCACCUUCAGUUUAUAAAAAUUAGUUUCCCUGGGUUUGAUUGGAGUCGGGGGGAAGGAGAUAAUGUGACAUGUAUUUGAAUCCCUAAGGAUAGUGCUUAAAACAAUAGUGUAAAGUUAUUAAGAUGGAGUUUCUUUAAUGCAUUUUUUUUGUAAUAUGAAAAUGAUUGGGAGUUGAAAAGCAUGUGUACAUUGGAUGUUUGCUGCCAAAAACACAAUGAUCCAGUUUUGAAAAGAUUAAUGGAUACACUAUCAGUACUAGUUUUAAAUUUCCUUUACUAUCCUUUAGACCUUCUUCUUUUGAGAUUUAAAAAAAA